GGGCUCGCCCGCCCGCCGCGAUGGAUCCGCUGAGAGCCCAGCAACUGGCGGCAGAACUGGAGGUGGAGAUGAUGGCGGACAUGUACAGCAGGAUGACCAACGCCUGCCAUCGGAAGUGCGUGCCCCCUCACUACAAGGAAGCCGAGCUCUCCAAGGGCGAAUCCGUGUGUCUGGACCGCUGCGUCUCCAAAUACCUGGACAUACACGAGCGGAUGGGCAAGAAAUUGACAGAGCUGUCUGUGCAGGACGAGGAGCUGAUGAAGCGGAUGCAGCAGGGCACGGGGCCCGUGUGAGGCCUCCUCCUCCUCCUCCUCCCCCGGCCAGAGACAGAGGCGGGCCCCAGGACUCUAUCCCCUCCCCUUCUGUGUGAAAAUAAAAUAUCGUUGAUUGUGUAA